AUGCCUUCAGAAGCCUCCCGCGCCAGCAGUACCUUCGACCAGCCUUUGCACAAGUCAGAUAAGCUCUGGAAGGCCAUUGGAGGUACACAAAGACUGACAGAAACCCUACAGACCGCGAUAAGAUUGUAUUCAGCAACGCCUGAGAAGGAGAAGGUCGCGACGUUCAAGGGCACCAAGCACAGCGAUGGCAAAUACCUCGUCACACUGAUAGAAGGCGACGGCAUUGGCCCCGAGAUCUCCCAAUCAGUCAAAGACAUCUUCUCCGCCGCCAACGCCCCCAUAAAAUGGGAAUCCGUCGACGUCACUCCCACCCUCAAGGACGGGAAGACUGUCAUCCCUGACGAAGCCAUCGACUCCGUUACUCGCAACUCCAUCGCCCUCAAAGGCCCGCUGGCAACGCCUGUCGGCAGUGGCCACGUCUCCCUCAACCUGACCCUCCGCAGGACGUUCGGCCUCUUCGCCAACGUACGGCCUUGCAAGAGCAUCGCGGGUUACAAGACUCCGUACGAUAAUGUGGAUACCGUGCUGAUCCGAGAGAACACCGAGGGCGAGUACUCUGGCAUUGAGCACGUGGUGGUCGAUGGCGUGGUGCAGAGCAUCAAGCUCAUUACGCGCGAGGCGAGUGAGCGGGUGUUGCGAUUCGCUUUCCAAUAUGCGCAGGACGUGGGCAAGCCGAAGGUGCGCGUGGUGCACAAGGCGACGAUCAUGAAGAUGAGCGAUGGCUUGUUCCUCAGCAUUGCGCGAGAGGUCGCGAAGGACUUUCCGAACGUGGAGUUUGAUGCCGAGCUGCUGGACAACGCGUGUCUGAAGAUCGUCUCGGAUCCGACGCCCUACAACGACAAGGUGCUCGUCAUGCCCAAUCUCUAUGGCGACAUCUUGUCAGACAUGUGCGCAGGUCUGAUCGGAGGUCUGGGUCUGACGCCGUCUGGCAACAUCUCGAAGGAUGUCGCGAUUUUCGAGGCUGUCCACGGUUCUGCGCCUGACAUCGCUGGCAAAGCCCUUGCGAACCCGACGGCGUUACUGCUGAGCAGUAUCAUGAUGCUGCAACACAUGGGACUUUACGAGCACGCGGACAAGAUUCAAAGUGCCAUCUUCAAGGUGUUGGCCGAGGGCAAGACAAUAACCGGCGACCUGGGCGGCAAGGCGAAGACGCACGAGUACGCUGACGCCGUCAUUAAGGCUUUGUAG